AGCCCCAUUCAUUUGAAAUCAUCGAUCAAUUAAUAAUCUGGUGCUGCAGCAAGAAAAGUUGAUUAAAUAUCUCAAUAAUAUUGAUCAUCAUCAUCAUCAUCGAUCAUGGGUGUUGUUGGAGCAGUUGUAAGGAAUUUGGAUGGUAUAAUUGGGCCGGGGGUGGUGCUUCUUUAUCCUCUAUAUGCAUCUAUGAGAGCCAUUGAGUCUCCAUCAACUCUAGAUGAUCAACAAUGGCUGACAUAUUGGGUCUUGUACUCAUUCAUCACACUUUUUGAACUCUCAUGCUGGAAGAUCAUUCACUGGAUUCCAUUUUGGGGAUAUAUGAAGCUGGUGUUGUGCAUGUGGUUGGUGCUACCGAUGUUCAACGGGGCUGCUUACAUCUACGGAAGAUUUGUGAGGAAAUAUGUCAAAGUUGGGAGUUAUGUCAGUUCAAGCUAUCCUCAAGGACAGAGGAAAGUUCUUCAAAUGAUGAGUCUUGAUGCUAGACAAUCUGUCCAAACAUACAUCACCCGAUAUGGCCCUGAUGCCUUUGAUCGAGUUCUCAGAGCUGCAGAAAAGGAGGCAAGGAAACACUGACCAACAAUAUUAAUGACCAGACCGACAGAUAGAUGUAUAUGGCCGCCUGCAGCUAACAAGAUUCUUUUUUUAUAUGUACCAAUUAAUAAGGAUACCUACCUAAAGCUAGAUAUGCUCAUUCAACCUUCUCUAUUAAUACAACUCUUAUCAUAUAUACAUAU